AUGAGAUUGGAAAUUAAGCUUUUUGCUCGUUCGGAUCGUGUAAAAUGUGUAGAUUUCCAUCCAACAGAACCUUGGUUACUUGCAAGUUUGUACAAUGGAACCGUUUAUAUAUGGAACUAUGAAACACAAGCUUUAGUGAAAACUUUUGAGGUAACAGAUGUACCAGUUAGAGCAGCGAAGUUUAUUUCUCGUAAAAAUUGGUUGAUCACUGGUUCAGAUGAUAUGCAAGUACGAGUCUUUAAUUAUAAUACACAUGAAAAAGUUACAACAAUUGAAGCACAUCCGGAUUAUAUUAGAUGUAUUGCAAUACAUCCUACACAACCUUUUGUUUUGACAGGGUCAGAUGAUAUGACUGUCAAGCUAUGGGAUUGGGAAAAAGGAUGGAAAUGUAUUCAGAUAUUUGAAGGUCACACACAUUAUGUGAUGAAUAUUAAUUUCAACCCAAAAGAUUCAAAUACUUUUGCAUCUGCGUGUUUAGAUCGAACUAUUAAAGUUUGGUCUCUUGGUUCUGCUGUAGCAAACUUUACACUCGAAGGCCAUGAAAAAGGAGUGAAUUGGGUAGAUUAUUAUCAUGGUGGUGAAAAACCAUAUCUUGUAUCAGCAGCUGAUGAUAAACUUGUUAAAAUUUGGGAUUAUCAAAAUAAAUCAUGUGUUCAAACUCUUGAAGGACAUACACAAAAUGCUGCAUUUGCUUGUUUUCAUCCAGAACUACCGAUAAUUAUAUCUGGUAGUGAGGAUGGUACGGUCAAGAUUUGGCAUUCAAAUACUUAUCGCUUGGAAAACACAUUAAAUUAUGGAUUGGAACGUGUAUGGACAGUCGCUUAUCAAAAAGGAAAUAACAGUGUUGCAUUUGGGUACGAUGAUGGUGCAGUUUGUAUUAAGCUUGGUCGUGAACAACCUGCAGUUAGUAUGGAUAAUUCAGGAAAAAUAAUUUGGGCUAAACAUAACGAAAUUCAAACUGCCAAUAUAAAGGCUGAUGAUAAUUUCAAAGACGGUGAACGUUUACCAUUACCAGUUAAAGAUUUAGGUAGUUGUGAAGUAUAUCCACAGACAUUACAACAUAGUCCUAAUGGAAGAUUUGUGGUGGUUUGUGGUGAUGGUGAAUAUAUUAUUUAUACCGCAUUGGCCUGGAGAAAUAAAGGUUUUGGAAAUGGAUUAGAAUUUGUAUGGGCAUUAGAUUCUAACGAAGAAUCAACUACCAAAAUCAAACUUUAUAAAAAUUUUAAGGAAAGACCAAAUGCGCUUAAGCUAAAUUUUUCAGCUGAAGGAAUAUUCGGUGGUACACUGUUGGGCGUUAAAAGUUCUUCUUUUUUAAAUUUGCAUGACUGGGAAACAGGAUUAUUAGUUCGAAGGAUUGCCAUAGUUUACUGGUCAGAUAUUGGUGAUCUUGUAACGAUAGCUUGUGAGGAUUCUUUUUAUGUUUUACGUUUUAAUCGUCAAGCAUAUCAACAAUUUAUAGAAGACGGUAAUGAGGUUGGUGAAGAAGGUGUUGAACAAGCUUUUGAACUGCUUAUAGAUAUCCAAGAGAGCAUUAAAACGGGUACAUGGGUCGGAGAUUGUUUUAUUUAUACUAAUACCAUUAAUCGUUUAAAUUACCUCGUUGGUGCUCAAACAUUUACAAUUAGUCAUUUUGAUACAAACAUGUAUUUACUGGGUUACAUUCCUAAGGACAAUCGUAUAUAUUUGGCUGACAAAGACGUUAAUGUUUAUAGUUAUUCUCUUUCGUUAGCCGUUAUUGAAUAUCAAACUGCCAUACUCAGAAACGAUCUUGAAACUGCAGAAUCUUUAUUUUCUUCUGUACCCAGUGAUCAAAUAAAUCGAAUUGCAAGAUUUUUGGAGAGUCAAGGUCUGAAAGAACUUGCACUUGAAGUUUCAGAUGAUAUGGAACACAAAUUCGAGCUCGCUGUACAGCUUAACAAACUUGAUAUAGCUGUUGAAAUUGCACGUGAAGUAGAUACUGAGACAAAAUGGAAAAUUGUUGGCGAUUCUGCUUUAAAUGCUUGGAAGUUCUCGCUGGCUGAAGAAUGCCUUAAGAAGGCUAAGGAUUUAAGUAGUUUAUUAUUGUUAUAUACUGCAUCCGGAAACUCUAAAGGCAUUAAAGAAUUAGCAGAAUCAGCGGCUGCUGAUGGAAAAAACAACGUAGCAUUUAUUUGUUAUUUACAACUUGGUCAAAUUGAAGAGUGUAUAGAUAUUCUAAUUGAGACAGAUCGUACUCCAGAAGCAGCAAUUCAAAUUUCGAGAGUGGUGAAAUUAUGGAAAGAAAGUCUUGAAAAACAAAACAAAAAAAAGGCAGCAGAGGCUUUAGCUGAUCCAGCCGAUUACGAAAACUUAUUUGCAGAUUUUAAACAUGCAUUGAUUGCUGAAGAACUUUCAAAAAAAGCACGUAGUAAUGUUAUUCCUGCUGCUGCAUAUUUAGAAAACAAAGAAACUCAAGUGAAUGAUAUCAUUUCUGAUAUAAAGGAAAAAUACCCUGAUGGAGUAAUGCCACCUAAUUUAUCAUCUCCAAUUCAUACAAGGCUAGUGAAUAGCAUUGUAAGAAGAAUUAACAUAAACGGCGAACUUGAUGAUGAUGUUUUAUCUUCAGUUGCCUCUGUAGAUGAUGAUAGAGAUAAUAUGAGUAUGUUAAGUAUGGAAGUUAAUACGACCGGAACAGGUUCAGUAAGGGGUGACGUCGAUGAAGAUGACACUGCUUCACUUGCUACAUCUGAACACGAUAUAUAA